UAUAUUUCAUAUCCUCAAAACCUUAUCAACAUAUUCUUGCCAUUUUGUGAAGGCCUUCUAGCAAAAAAGAAUGAAGCUCUUCCUGGUUCUUCUCAUCUCCAUCAUCCUCUUCUUUCUCCAACCAUUUGAGGGGUUGGGGGAUUCAGCUCCAAGGAGCAAUGAUGCUGCUGCUACUCUUUCUUCACCAACAUUAGUUGGCAAUCAAAACAGUAGUGAUGUUAUAUCCAUUGAUAAGAAACACAACCAUCAUCACCAUCCUGCCAAGAAGGUCAUGAUAAAUUGUGGGUUGGAAUGCAAGAGAAGGUGCAAGGAAACGUCGAGGAAGAAGGUGUGCCACAGAGCCUGCAAGGCAUGUUGCCAGAAGUGCCAUUGUGUUCCUCCUGGAACUUACGGCCACAAGCAUGUCUGCCCUUGCUAUGCCAAGCUCAAAACCCAUGGCGGCAAGCCCAAAUGCCCCUAGUUUGGGUCAUUCUAGUGAUUUGCUAUUGCAUAGUCAUCACCAUAUGUCUAGUAUUUACAUGUGUUUGAUCCUUGUUGGUUAUUGGACAAGUACUACUAGUACUACUUUGUCGCAUCGACUGAUCGGUCAUUCUGUUAUUGAUAUCUGAUCGUUGUAACCAACUUUAGUUGGUUGAUCUCUACUCAAUACGAAGAAUAAUGAAAGAGGAGAAUAAAGCGGUCUUUCUGGCUGGGAAUUUCAAAGUAGUUCUCCUAUCUAUAAAGAGAUGACUCAAUUGCAUGUUGUUGAUAAUGAGUUCAAUAGAUUCAUCGUCAAUGAAGCUUGAUGUAAAUGGAACCAUAUUAAAAUUAGCGAU